UCGAUGAAUGACAGGGGCGGGGCCAGGAACAGCUUCUAAUGCACAUUGUGAGAAGCUCCCAGUGUGCAGUGACAUCAGAGGAAGCUAUUUCAGUCCAAGGGAGGAGCCAGUACACCUGUGCAAGACUGGAGGGGGAGGAGCCAGUACACCUGUGCAAGACUGGAGGGGGAGUAGCCGGUACACCUGUGCAAGACUGGAGGGGGAGUAGCCGGUACACCUGUGCAAGACUGGAGGGGGAGGAGCCGGUACACCUGUGCAAGACUGGAGGGGGAGUAGCCGGUACACCUGUGCAAGACUGGAGGGGGAGGAGCUGGUAAACCUGUGCAAGACUGGAGGGGGAGGAGCUGGUACACCUGUGCAAGACUGAAGGGGGGGAACUGGUACACCUGUGCAAGACUGAAGGGGGGGAACCAUUACACCUGUGCAAGACUCUAGGGGAGGGAGCUGGUACACCUGUGCAAGACUGAAGGGGAGGAGCCAGUACACCUGUGCAAGACUGGAGGGGGAGGGGCCGGUAGACCUGUGCAAGACUGGAGGGGAGGCCGUAGGUCAGCU